AUGGCUCUAACAAAGCCUAAAUCAGAAAUGUCCGCUGAGGAGCUUCAGGCCAGAGAGGAAGAGGAAUUCAACACUGGACCACUAUCAGUGCUCACCCAGUCAGUUAAAAAUAAUACUCAGGUAUUGAUAAAUUGCCGAAACAAUAAAAAACUGCUCGGCAGAGUAAAAGCCUUCGACAGACAUUGUAACAUGGUGCUAGAAAAUGUAAAGGAAAUGUGGACAGAACUCCCCCGACCUGGCAAAGGCAAGAAGAAGGCAAAACCAGUUAACAAGGACCGCUUCAUAUCAAAAAUGUUUCUUAGAGGAGAUGCAGUUAUAUUGGUUGUGAGAAAUCCUUUAGCUACAGCAAAUUGA